GAUAUCGUUGUAGCAAGCGGAGCUUCGGAUGCGUUAGGUCUUGCAAUUGGUGCGUUAUGCAAUGAAGGACAAAAUAUCCUUCUUCCAAGACCCGGGUUUUCACUGUAUCAAACUAUUUCAGAAUCAAAAGGAAUUGAAUGUCGUUAUUAUAAUUUAUUGCCUGAUCGUAAUUGGGAAAUUGAUUUAGAUCAUUUAGCGUCUUUAAUUGAUGAUAAUACAGCUUGUUUACUCAUAAACAACCCGUCCAAUCCAUGUGGAUCAAAUUUUACUCGUCAACAUUUAGAAUGUAUAUUAACGUUAUGUGAAAUUUAUAAACUUCCAGUAAUAAGUGACGAAAUUUAUGAAGAUAUGGUAUUUGGAGAUAAUAUUUUUUAUCCCUUAGCAAAUUUAUCCGAGACAGUUCCGAUCUUAAAAAUUAGUGGAUUAGCAAAAAGAUAUUUGGUUCCAGGGUGGAGAGUUGGAUGGAUUUUUAUACAUGAUCGUAAUAAUUUAUUAAAUGAAAUACGUGAUGGUUUAGCUUCUUUAUCAAAUUUGAUUCUUGGAGCUAAUUCUUUAAUUCAAAGCGCUAUACCUGAUAUUAUAAUGAACACUCCCCAAUCAUUUUAUGAUACGACCAAUAGAUUUUUAGAAGAAAAUGCAAAAUUAAGUGCCAGUUUCUUGAAGAAAAUAUCUGGUUUACACGUUAUUUCACCCCAAGGUGCUAUGUACAUGAUGAUUGGAAUUAAUGUGGGAGAAUUUAAAGAUAUAAAAAAUGAUGUGGAGUUCAGUGAAAAAUUGGUACAAGAAGAGUCCGUUUUAUGUUUACCGGGAAAGAGUUUUCACUAUCCUAAUUAUGUUCGAAUUGUAAUUACAGCUCCUGUUGAGAAAUUAAAAGAAGCUUAUCAACGAAUUAAUGAAUUUUGUGUCAGGCAUCAUGUUUAA